UAUGAAGGUGUUUCUUCCGGUUCUAUGUUGGAGUGGAACGUCACAACUCGGUGUCCUUGGAUACGAGCCGUUUCUAGGCAACCGGACAAACACAAACACUGGCCAACAUCUUGACAGGUGUAGCUGAUGAUAUCUGUGUGCCUGAGUCAGACUCAGUGUGUUAUUUAUCCCGGUGUGUGUUAUUUAUCAAUCCCCGGUUACUUCCCCGGUAUGUCUGCUCGAGUUUUAUCGGCGCGGCCCCGUUACAGCGCGCACGCGGAGGAAACCCUUAACCAGCCCCGUUACUCGGGCACUUCCGCCGGUCUCGCGACGGCCGGUUACCGUUCCGCUAAAUACACCCCGGAUGAGUGGUUCGCCAACAACCGCGCCGCGCUGAACCGGGCCGCCGCCGAGAGCGCGAGCGCCGAACAGAUCCAGCGCGCGUCCAAAGCGCUCCGGGCGGAGACCGAGGCUACCGGGGCGCUCCGGCAGACCGACGGCACCAGACACCUGGGCGAGCGCCUGCAGGACAUCCACUUCCGGAGGUCGGAGCUGGAGCGGCACAUCGCGCGCCUGCUGACGGACACCGAGCGGCUCGCGACGCUGAAGCGGAGGCUGGAGAAAGCGCUGCACGCGACCGAGAUCCCGUUCGCCAUCGCCGCGGAUAACCUCACGUGCAGAGAGAGACGCUCCGGACCAGACCUCGUUCAAGACCGCGUGGAGGAAGAACUUCUCAAAGAAGUGGAGCUGAUUAAGAGCAUCCAGGCUCUGCUGAAGAAAACUCAUGAUCAAACUGUCACUCAGAUCAGGCUAAACAGGAAUGCUCAGCAGGUUCUGGAGCUCGACUGGUCCGAUAAAUAUGAAGCCUACAGUCUGGACGAUCAGUGUGGACGCUAUCGCAACACCAGCACGAACACCCAACAUCAUGCUAACUCGGCUACAGCACAACAUCAAGUGUGUGAUGUAGACGGGUGGAUGAGGUUCACUCAGAGUAACGUGGCUCAGGCUGAGCGUGAGGAGGAGGCGAGUGCGGCGUUGUGUGCGUUGUGUGAGCGUGUUCUGCAGGAGACCGCUGAGGACCUGCAGGCGCAGAGCGACACCGUGAACGAGGCCUUCAUACAGCGCUGCCACGAGCUCUCACACACCAAGAGCCAGCUGGAGCUGCAACUUAAACAGGUACUGGAGCAGAUCGGUUCUCAGGAGCGGAAUAUCAGCUCUCUGCAGCAGGCUGUGUUUGAUAAAGAGGCUCCUCUGCGUGUGGCUCAGUCACGACUGCACUCCAGAGCACAGAGACCCAACAUGGAGCUGUGCAGAGACCAGCCUCAGAUCAGUCUGCUCAGUGAGGUGGAGCAGAUCUCGGGCAGUGUGUGUGUUCUGCAGCAGCAGUUGCGUGAGGCGCGCGACUCUCUCGCUCGCCUGGAGGAGAACAGGAUGCUGCUGGAGAAAGACAUCGGCUGUAAAACACACUCGCUGCUCAUCGACCGGGAGAAGUGUAUGAAACACCGCAUGCUGUACCCCACUGUGCUCGCGCUGUCCGGAUACUGACACACACACACACACACACACACACACACACUUCAAUGCAUCUAUAAACGCUAUGCCUGAUUUGGUUUGUUGUGUUAUCUUUCAUUUAAUUUUUUUCCCCACAUAUUAAGGAGGCAUGGCCUUGUGUAUGCCAGUCUUAGAAAAGGAGGCGUGGCCUAUGUAUGUCAGUCUUAGAAAAGGAGGCGUGGCCUGUGUGUGUCUGUCUUAGAAAAGGAGGUGUGGCCUCUGUGUGUGAGUUUUUGAAAAGGAGGCAUGGCCUGUGUGUAUGUCAGUCUUAGAAAAGGAGGCGUGGCCUCUGUGUGUGAGUUUUUGAAAAGGAGGCAUGGCCUGUGUGUCUGUUAGUCUUAGAAAAGGAGGCGUGGCCUCUGUGUGUGAGUUUUUGAAAAGGAGGCGUGGCCUCUGUGUGCCUGUUAGUCUUAGAAAAGGAGGCGUGGCCAUUAAGUUGUUCAUCGUAUCCUCUCAGAAACAGAUACACCGUUUUUAUCUUAUUUCUUAUUUUUGAACUUAUGCUAAACAUUAAAAUGACCUACAGUGUGAAAAGUAUACGUCCCUAUUAACAUAUCUGUAUUUCUAAAUAACAGAAUACCCUAAACAGAAUCGUACAAGAUAGCUUGUGAAACUAUGCUAAUGCUAACUAUGCUGCACUGUCCUGACUAGCUGUUGUUUGUUAGCUUCAUUCAGCCUCACUCCAGCACCGGUUCAGCUCAGACCCUUUCAGAUAAAAUGAAGUCAGUGUCAAUAAAACCAGGAAAGCUAAGCAAUGAUAUGGGGUUAGGAUAGCAGCAAUAAGAUUUGAUCUAAAAUACAUAAAUAGUGAUAGACCUUGUAAAAGAAGAUGGCUAACAUUACACAUUAACACUUAGCUAGCCAGAGCUAGCUAUCACACAUUACACAUUAACACUUAGCUAGCCAGAGCUAGCUAUCACACAUUACACAUUAACACUUAGCUAGCCAGAGCUAGCUGUCACACAAAUUCACACUCAUUUUAAAAAUCAAAGGUCAGUGUUAUUGACUGUUUGAAAUGAGUAUGCCCCGAAGGAGCGAUAACUGUGUUAUUUAAAAAAAAAAAAAAGUAAAAAGGACAUAUUUCUGUGAAUGUUUGCGAAAGAGAGACGAGAGCACAGUGUUUUAAGUCCUUGAGAGCACUUUGUGAGGUGAUUAUUAUUAUUAUUAUUAUUAUUAUUAUUAUUAUUAUUAUUAUUAUUAUUAUUGUGUACUGGUGAUAGCUCUGCGGUUCUCUGUAGCCGCUGCCUCCCUCAUCUCCAGAGAGGCCUGUUCACUGUACACACACACACACACACCUCAGUUGUUCACACACAGUAUUGACUUUUUAAAUUAUGUAACAGAAAUAUUAGCAGUACACUCUUAGAUGGAGGGUUCUUCAAAAGGUUCUGUGUAUAGAUGAGGGUUCUUAGCUUUCUAAAUAAAAAAAAUAAUAAAUUGGGAGCCUUUCUGUUAUUGUUCUACACAGAACCUUAAAGAGAUUCCCCUAAAAUGACGACUAAAGAACCCUUAAGCGUUCUAUAUUUCACCUGUGUAGGUUUAUGUAUGUAUAAAGCAUACAUAAUAACGUAUAAAACCUGAUUUAGGCUUCCUUCAGAAAUGCAAGUCUCUAAUACGUUGUGGUUUCUAUAGUAACAGCUCGUUCACAGGGACGCGUACGGCGGACGCGCCACAUACACAGAUUAAAAAAGUGUAUGUAAUCGUUGAUAUGGUGACGUUUUCUUUAAAGAGAUUUAUGGAAGGAGUCUCCAGUGUCAGCGCUUAGUAACAGUAAAGCUGUAGCUUCACGUUUUCCGACAGUUUCAGGACAGAGGAGUUUACGCUUUGCGGUUUCUCAGUAAUGUGACAGGGUGAGUUUUUUUUUUUUUUGUCUUAUUAACUUCAAGAGAGAGAAAAAAGACAAGCUGUUGAGGGGACGAUUGUUUAUAGCUGCUAUAACAUAAGUGAGAACAGGAACUAACUUGGAUAGUUAGAUAAUGGAUAGUCCACAACAUUAAAUGUAACUAUAAAUGGACAAAAAGUAUGACGUGAAAUAAAACACUUAAGUACACACAUGAAUGGUUUGUCUCAUGGACGUCGAGUGCCGCUCCUCGUAGCCUUCCCUCCUUCAGAGCCUGAGCUAGAGCCUUUUCAACCACUCAAGCUGUGUUCACCAGAAAAGCCCCCUGACACACGCCCACACACCCACACACCCACACACACGCACACACACACACACGCACACACACACACACACACACACACGCACACACACACACAAACUGAUAUAGGGGAAAUAAAAAGCAAUUCUCUUCUGUGACCUAAAGGAGGCAGUACAGGUUAAGAUUAGGAUACAAAGUCUCUCUCUCUCUCUCUCUCUCUCUC